UACGAGACGCACUCGGUCUGUAGAUCCAAGUGUUGCACAACUGAUUUUGAAAUUUAGUUCCAGUCACAGUUUAAUCAAUCCGUAUUUACUACAAUCAAAUAAUCGUUAAGACAAGAUUGAUUAGUAAUUAGUCUCUCAGAUUUAGUUCUCGUUCUCAAGGUAGUCAGUGGAAACAAGUGGUUUUCUCAUUUCACUAAGAAAAUGUCUUACGCCGGACGUGUAAUCGUUUAUGGAGGUAGAGGAGCCCUCGGCGCUAAAUGUAUAUCACAUUUUAAAGCAAAUAAUUUCUGGGUAGGAUCUAUAGAUUUAGCCGAAAAUGCAGAGGCAGAUGUAAACAUUUUAGUGAAGAGGGAAGAUAGUCUUCAAGAUCAGGAAACAUCAAUCCUAUCUUCAGUUAAUUCCUCAUUAAAUGGUUCCAAACUGGAUGGAAUAUUUUGUGUUGCUGGUGGAUGGGCUGGAGGAAAUGCUUCUAAAGAUCUAGUAAAAAAUUCUGAACUGAUGUGGAAUCAAAGUGUUUGCAGUUCUCUCAUAGCUGCCUCUCUUGCAGCACAGUGUUUGAAAGAAGGUGGUAUUAUUCAAUUAACCGGGGCUAAAGCUGCAUUGGAUGCUACUCCAGGUAUGAUUGGAUAUGGCCUAGCCAAAGCUGCAGUACAUCACUUAACUAAAUCCUUGUCCCAGAAAGACGGUGGUCUGCCAAACAAUGCAGUAGCAGUGGCCAUUUUACCUGUGACUUUGGACACACCUAUGAACAGAAAAUGGAUGCCAAAAGCUGACUUUUCUACCUGGACACCCUUGGAAUUUGUUGCAGACUUAUUCAUAAGAUGGGCUUCAGGAAAAGAUAGACCUCAGAGUGGCAGUUUGUUGAAACUUGAAACCACUAACCACCAAACAGAUGUUACACCUGCUUAAUCACCAGAUCUGAUAUACAGUGAAAACAUGAAAGGACCAAGGCUAAUCUCUCGAAUUUUAUUCCAUUAGACAUUUGCUGGGUAUACUAUUAUUAUUGUUUUAAGUAUACUGAUUUUUGUCCCAUUUUUGAUCAACUUGUGUUGAAUUUUUUUGUAGAUCUUUAUUUUUUAUAAUGUUGUUCAGAAUAAAAUAUCAAUGUUAA